AUGUCGAGCUCGGAGGCAGGUACCGACGAUGUCAUCAGCCAAUUGCAAUCAAACGACACUGGUCGGUUUUCCGCAAUACAUCAAGCUUCAGGUCCAACGUCCAACCCUCUUCCCUCUGGCCCGUAUUUUCUGCACGGAAGCAACAUUCACCAAGCAUGGAGGCUCUACGAUGACGAGCUAGAUGCUUUCGUGUUCGCUGUCAUUCCGGAGGACCUGCGAAAUCCCCUUCGGUCGGUUUCUCCCGUACAUGUACUGCUGUCAACAUCGUAUGUUGACGAGUGCAACAACAGAUACAAAGUGGUAGAAUCUCUUUCGGUGGACGGGAUUUGGAGAGCUGUUGCCGUUCCCAGCAGAAUGUACGCCCGUCCCACAGCCGAAUUUCCCCUCGCCGGUGCGCGGGUGGCCAUCAAGGACAUAUACAAGCUCGCCGGAGUGAAGUCAACGAUGUCUAGUCGGGACUACACGCAAUUAUACGGCCCGGAUCAGGAAAGCGCUGAUUACGUUCAAAAACUCAUCUCGCUGGGGGCAGUCAUCGUGGGAAAGACAAGAAUGACAUCCUUCGCGGCGUCUGAUGAACCUACUGACCAGUAUAUUGACUUCCACUGUCCAGUCAACCCGAGAGGCGAUCGAUAUCAGAGUCCGUCUGGAAGUUCAUCCGGGGCAGCAGCAGCUCUAGCUGGCUAUCCUUGGCUCGACUUCUCACUUGGAAGCGACUCAGCCGGUAGCAUUCGAGCUCCUGCGUCGUGUAACGGACUGUUCUCGCUUCGUUCCUCAUUCAAUACCACCUCCAUGCACGGCGUGGCAAUCAACUCACCAGCCUUUGACGUUGUCGGGCACUUUAGCCGUACCCUGGACGAUCUUAGUCUCAUCGUUUCUAGCUCGCUUGACUUGCCGACCAAGUGGACAAAAUACCCGAGCAAGAUACUCUACCCAAAGGAAUUCUUUCCUCACAGCAACGCUAAGCACCAGUCCAUGGUCGAAGAACUCAUAUCCAUCCUGGAGAAGUUCCUUGGAACUCAGAGAGUUGAGUUCAGUAUUGCAGACAGAUGGGCUCAAUGUCCGCCGGAAGAGGCGUCAGGCAAGACUCUGAAAGAGUAUCUCGCAAAGAGCGCUUUUUGGGCAAUGUGCCGCGACUACAACAAGAUGUUCGAACGAUUUCACGCCGACUACGAAGAAAAGUAUGGAAAGGAACCCUAUGAGGGGGCCGUUGUGAAAUUCAGAUGGGGCAUCGGCAAGGCCGUCUCAGAUGAACAAUAUCAGGAGCACACUCACGAACUGAAAGUGUUCCGCGACUGGUUUAACAAGAAUGUUAUGACGUCCGAUCCCGAGAGCCUUUCGGACGCAAUCAUGCUCAUGCCAUAUGGGAGCGCCAAUCCAAAAUACAGAGACACUCCAAAUGAAACGCCCUCUACUUCUCACACAAUCGGCGAGAAGUUCAUCUCUCCCGUCCUGCAUAUGCCUCAACUUGUCUUGCCCUUUGCGCAAAUGCCAUAUGAAUCCCGAAUCAGUGGUAGACUCGAGCACCGGCCCAUUGUCAGCACUUUGGUUGGCGCCAGAGGAAGCGAUUUGAUGCUCAUAAAUCUGGCCAAAGCAGCCUUUGAGGCUGUCUCCUGGCCAACGACUAUAGCAACGGGACGCUACAUGUUUUCGCUUGGUGACAACAAUCGCAAUGUAGGCGACGAACAGGUGGUUGAACCUGAUGGGGGGUUUUUGCACAACAAUAAGCAAAUGGCUUCAAUGCUUUCUGUCUCAGAUACUUUUGGAGGACAACAUCCAAUGCUGUAGGGUUGAUUUUCGCACUAUCGUGAGCACAUCUCGCAACUCAAGCCGCUGGCUGGAGGUGGAGACAUGGAACCAUUUUCACAAGUUCAGAUAGAACAACAGACCACGUAGG